GGAAGAAACGACAAAUUUGACGUUUGUCCAUCGUUUAUCGCAUAAACUUUUAGGUUUUCAUCAAACAUUUGUGACAGGUGACGACUUUUUAUAAUUUUUGAAACUAAGGAAAAAAAUCACGAUGGAGGCAGUUCCGAGGCUGCCGAUGGUCUCUUUCCAAUUAAAAGUUAGCCCGGAACCCACUUGUUUUGGUACAAAACUCAAGCAGUAUAUUCGCGACUUUUACAAUGAAGAUCCAGAAUCAUAUAAUACCGAAAUACAUCAACUGGAAAGUUUACGAGCCUCUGCGGUUCGUCCACCCAUUGAUGUCAAGGGAUGUGAAUUAUUAAAAAGAUAUUAUUGUCAACUACACUUUCUGCAAAGUAGGUUUCCGAUGGGAAAAGAUGGUCCUGCUGCUGUUACAUUUACGUGGAAAGACACUUAUGCCAAUAUGGUGUGUUCUUUGGCCAACAUUCGUUUCGAAACGAUUUCCGUUCUCUACAAUAUCGGUGCAAUUCACACUCAACUGGGUGCGCACACAGAACGUACAUCUGCUGAGGGAAUGAAAAUGGCUUGCACUCAUUUUCAGUGUGCAGCUUGGGCUUUUGAUCACUUAAAAAAUAGUUAUCCUCACCCUCCUGGGGUUGACUUAGCCCCAGAGUUGAUGACCUUUAUGUACCAAUUGUGCCUGGCUCAAGCACAAGAAUGCAUUUUAGAAAAAAGCAUGCUUGACAAUCGCAAACCAUCGAUAGUGGCCAAGGUUGCUCGGCAAAUAGUUGAUUACUAUGACAUAGCAUUCAACACCCUAGAGAAUGGAGGCAGUGAAGAUGCAGUUGUUUGCGAAACAGUAGGCGCUCCAAUUUACAAGAUCUGGAAGAGGUAUGUGAAAUUUAAAAGAGCAUAUCACUUGUCCGUUACACAACUUUAUCAAGGACUCGCUGCUGAAGAACAGCGAAAAAUGGGAGAAAGGGUGGCAUUUUAUAACGCGUCUUUGACAUCUUUAAAUGAAGUUCGUACGCUAUACACAAGCGCCAAAGGUAUAAAGGGAAUAACGGGUGCUGCAGAUGAAAAAGAAGCUAUCGAAGAUGCACUUACAUUCACGAACGACGUGAUCGAAGGUAAAAGAAAAGCUGCAAAAAACGAGAACGAGUUCAUUUAUCAUGAGGAAGUACCGGAAAAAGAUGUUCUUCCGACUGUUAAGGGUGCUUCUUUGGUUAAAGGAAUUUCCUUCAAUGUGAACGACCCCGAGGUUUCCGGUACAGAUAUAUUCGCUAGGCUGGUUCCAAUGAAAGUGCACGAGGCGAAUUCACUUUACUCGGAAGAAAAAGCAAAGUUACUUCGUUCCGUUGGUACGAAAAUCGAAGAGCGUGAUCAGAUAUUAAAUACUUAUCUGGUGUCAUUAAAACUCGAAAAUCUGGGCUUAUGGGAUCCAGAUGCAGUGAAUUCAGAAUCUGAAGUUUUACCUCUUCCUGAAGAAUUGGCCGAAAGAUGUGCUGCAAUAAAUGCGAAACCCAACGCAAUUCAAGAACAAGUAGACACGAUGGCAAAAUUGUCGGAUACUUACCACAAUGUGGAGGCGAUGCUAAAAGAAAUCGAUGCGAUUUUAUCAGAAGAGCAGCAGAGGGAAAAACAGUACCAGGAAACAAUGGGUAAACGACCACCAUCAAUAGUUGCCACCGAUUUGACAAGAGAGGCAAAAAAGUAUGAGGAAGCUCACGCUAAAGCAUCCGAAAGUAAUCAGGCUCUCCAUAGAGCAAUGAAUUUGCACUUGAACAAUUUGAGGAUACUUUCUCAACCAUUGUCAAGUUUAAUGGCGCAUAUUCCAUCCCCCAAGGCGAACUUAUCAGGUGAAAGUAGCAGCGAAGAGAAGACAGACAACGAAUCUGAAAAGAUUCACACUAGAGAGUUAAAGCGCAUACUAAAUAAAGUGGAUGAAAUGCGCAGGCAAAGAAGCGAUUUGCACAAUAAAUUGCGAGAAUCAAUAUCUCAAGAUGAUUUGACAAGACUGUUGGUUACAGCUACGUCUGAAUCUGAGCCACUUGACCAUGUCUUUGCAGAACAAAUCAGCAAACAUCAACCACUCGUUCAGCUAAUAGAUCAAAACUUAGCUGCUCAAGAAAACAUAUUGUCUGCAUUAACGGAAGCGUACGCGCAAACCGCAGACACUCGAAAGUCAGUUGAUGAAAUUUUAAAACGCCGCGAAUUUAUCAUAUCCUCCUUGAUCGCCUCCUACGACGCGUAUGAAGAUUUGCUAGCAAAAACGACGAAGGGCUUAGAAUUUUACAGGAAGAUGGAAAUAAACGUGACCAAAUUGCUGCAAAGAGUGAAGAACACCUGUAAAGUUCAGGAAGAAGAGCGUGCGCAGAUUCUAGCACAGAACAGUCCAGGAACACAUGCUGUGAAUGACCUUUCCCUUUCAGAAAGCAAAAAUCAGUCUCAGCAUAUGCUUCCGAAAGAGCAGAGUGCAACAGGCAGUGGCUUAAAACUCAAGGACUACCUGGCAAAUCGAGUAACAAACAUUCCCCUCUAUCACAAUCAGUACUCUGAUCAUCGAACUACGAAAACAAAUGCUGACCAGUCAGUGGUGAAGGCAUCCAAAACUGAUCACAACGGUACGAGUGAAAAUAUGCCUUCCGCCAAUGUCUCACAGUUCACUGAUCCUACGCAAGCCUAUCAAUAUUAUCAAAGCAGAUACCCCGAUUACUAUCCCGGUCAGCAAAGUUCCUACAAUACACAGUACAUGUAUGGAGAAACAGUAAGCGUGAUGAGUGGUUUGAAUGCCAGUUUUCCCAAGACUGGAACCACUUUCUCUGACAGCGUCUACAGACAGGCUGGAAAGAUGAAGGCAGCGACCGAACUGUCCAGCACUUCCGACACCUACAGCGGCUACACUGCCGCUCAACAAAGUCAAGUUCAAUACCCAACGGAUCCGAAUACAAGAGAUCAGUAUCAGGCUUAUUCCUAUAAUGCGAAUGCCGCUUACUCGUAUCCUGGUUAUCAAAUGAUGCAGGAAAAUCCUAACUAUCAAGCGACUCAGCGGGUAAAUAGCGCUUCACCUCAGCAUCAGAAUUUCGCUCCAGUUCAGAUGCAACCUGGUCAGCAGGCCAAUGUAGAUCCCGAGGUUGGGAGAAAGGCAGAACUGAAUCAAUCAGUGCCUCAUGCAGCUUCUAUGAACCAGACUUACAAUACCUUAUCUGACGGCAAGACGAAUGUCUACGCGCCGAGCUCAAUCCAAAAUACUGCCGAGUAUUACCAACCGCAAAAGGACUCUCCACAGCAGGCAGGAAAUCAAAUCUCUGGUAAUGCUUACCAAGCUGGUGUUUCUCAACCGAUUUUGCAGCAGCCGAAUCAUCUCGCGACGCAAAAUUACUUGAAUCCAAUGAUUGCUGGAAAUGUGGAAAUGCCUGCGAUGCAGAUGUCUCACGGCAAUCAAUCCGUUCAUCAGCAUCCCUCUCAGGUUGAUUUGCAACAGAUAAAUUCACAGCAAAGGAUUAUUCCACAACAGGUUACUCAACAACAGAUGACACCUCAACAGCCGAUUAAUUCUCAACAGUCAACUCCACAGGCGCAGUUAGUUCAAAAUCUGCCAAGUGCAUCGCCUGGGAUUCACUACUCAAUCCCCCAACAAUACACCCCAAAUCAGCACAUGGGAAUGUAUACCAAUACCUCUGCUACCGAUAGUUCAACAUAUUCCGUCGCCUCGAAGAACGUUCCUUCGGCGAAUAUCAGCAGCAAUUCCUACUAUGAUGCCGCCUCACAGUAUCCUAAUGCAGUGGCGAAUCCUCAAACUAAUUACGGCUCAGAACAAGCGCAGAAUUAUUCGAAUACUCAAGCCCAAGCUGGCUACCCAACUCAAACACAAGAUGGAAUAAGCUCGCAAAAUUACAGCGUCUAUGGUAGCUAUCAACAAACUACAGAUACUAGCCUUCCCUAUCAAAAUGUACAGAAUUCGAGUACAAAUCCGAAUAUGAGCCAGAGUUAUAACUCAGAAAUGAUACAGAGUCAUGCGAAAGCGAACUCGAUUCCGAAUUAUCAGCAAAAUUACUACAAUCCUCAAGAGCAUUAUGCUGGAUCGACGCAGUAUUCGGGCUAUUCUCAAGGAUAUAAUAAUAGUUAUGGAAAUACACAACAAGCUAGUGGAAUGACGAGUUCGUCCGCGGAUUCGUAUCAAGGUCAUCCUGGUUAUGGGUACAAUGCUGUCUCAGGAGGAUACCAGUAUUCCUCGGGUUAUCAAAAUACGCAAACGAUGAUUGGACAGGAGCAGAAUAAUGCUGCGAGAAAUGUAUCUGUUCCUGCGAACAGUAAUGUUUAUCAGCAGCAAGAUGCAUACUCGUUGUAUACUAAUGCGAGCAAUAGUGCUGCCACGACAAAUCAGACAACUUCUUCACAAUACUCGAGCAAUGUUGCGAAUUCGAUGCCUGACAAUCAGACGUAUUACGCUUCGCAGUUUGGUCAACGAACUCCAAAUCAAGCUGGAAAUGUGGAAAAUGCAAAUCAGCCAUACAUGCAAGCAACCAACAACGAAACAAAUAAUUCGAGUUCAGGGCCAUUUCCAUCUACUGAACCAAAAUCCAAUGUCGAUCUUCUCUCUGACCUGGACAUUACAAUUAAUCACGCUCCACUUCUCCCGGAAGUUCAGGUAGAUAAAGGUAAAGAUGAAAAGGAUGAUGUGAAAAGUGAAGUUGAAACUACGGAAGAAACUGCAGAAGUGAAGGUAGUUCGAAAAAACUCGACAGUCCAAACAGACGAUAAAAAUGACAACCUGCAAAUCGUCUGGGACACGUGGUAUUUAGAUGUGCAGCCAAAGAGAGAUCCACUUGCAGAGCCAACGGUCUUGCAAAAGUUUGUUAUUGACAUCGAAAAAUAUGAAAAAUUCAUUGACAGUCUAUUAGUGAAGACACUGAGCGGCGCUACAACACUCGAUAAUAAAUGGAAGGAAGUUCGAGAAUUCGAGGAACGUGAAGAGAAGAAACAGUCUGCCAACAUCGCAAUUUCGAAUUUCGCUGCAAACAGAUCUGCAAGUUGUAUUCCCUAUGACUUAAGCCGGGUGGAAUUGACUUCCGUCGAGCGGCCUUCUUAUAUUAACGCUUCAUAUGUAAGAGAUGUAACCCAAUGGACUCCAGCAGCAUUUAUUAUCACGCAAGCCCCUAAGGCUGAUGCUUUCCAAAUAUUUUGGACCAUGGUUUGGGAACAAGAGAGCGAGGUUAUUGCUUGCUUAGCAACUGAUAUGCAGUUGAGUGGUGAUAUUUAUUGGCCGUCAAGUGAAGAGAAGAAUUUAGUAUUGGGUGACUUUACACUGAAGUUGCAGAAUAAAAUUAACCAUGCAUCUUAUAUUCAGAGAAUCAUUUCUCUUUCACGUUCUGGACACAAGGAACGGAUUGUUGUGCACAUGCAAUUCCUCAUGUGGCCAUCAAAUAGUUUCCCAAGUAGUCCUGGCCCACUACUCGCCUUUGCUACCGAUGUUAUGUCGGAACAAGCAUUGAGACAUUGUUCCCCAAAACCGAUAAUAGUUCAUUGUCUAAAUGGUGGACCUCUCAGUGGAUUAUUUUUGAUCGCAACUGCUGCAGUGUGUCACGUUCGAGCAGGUCAUGGGAUUGUAGAUGUACCUUUGGUAUUUUCAAGUCUUGUAAAGUUUCGCAAAGGUCUGGUUGACAAGGAUACUCUGCAGUUUGGUUACCGCAUGGUUCUUUAUCAGGCUCAAGAUACUCUAAUGAAAAGAGGAAUUUUGUCAUCAACACGGCCGACUUUUGAAAGUUUCGAGGAAAUGAAGAAAGGAAAGUCGAUGAGAAAGACACAACAUUGUCAUCCAUCAGACGAUUUUCUUCACAAUUUUGCGGCGGGUAUGCAGCAUAGUAUUGCUUCACAACCAGGUGGUCAGCCUACCUCAGCAGCCAGACCAAAUACACCACAGAGUAUUUCCGCGACCACGCAGGAGAAGCCUGACGUCGUGGUGGAUCCAUUAAGCCAGUUAGAUCCUCUCUGGACCAUCCGAAGAUAGUCACUAAUUGUAUAAUAAUGUUCAAUUUAUAAACGAGAGUGGGAAGAAUGCAAAGAAGUUAGAUUGUGAGUAUGAGUUACGGCAUUCGAGAUAAUCAUGUACAUAGCUUAGGAAAGUGGGUGAACGUCAUGCAUCUGGACACGACCUUGUCUAUUUAAUUAUCUGUAGAAUUGAACAACAAAAAAUCUUUGAAAAUUUUCCCUUAAAAACUUAACAAGCAGACUUGUUUACUUCUGGACCAAAUUUGCGGAUUUUCAAUUACUCGUCGGGUUUUACAGUCGGUAUUACCGAGAAAAAAAUAGGAAUUUUUGAGGAAAUUACUUAAGGACUAGUGAAUUUCGAGAAGAAAGCAGAAAGAAAAAAAAACACAACUUUUUAAACGAUUUUUAAAAAGUUUUGAGUAAUGAUUUUUUUUAGGCUGUUUGAGAGUUUUGCUUUCGCAUGAGGUGAUUUUAUUGAAUUGAACAGACUGAUUAGAUUACUGAAAGCUUAAUUGAUUUUUAUGAGCAGCGAAUUCGAUCACAGUUUGAAAUGAAGGAUCCGGAUUUAUGUAAUAUUUUAAUACUUUGCUACGAUAGAACACAGAAAUUAGUGACAGCCAUCGAAAAUGAAAUAUGCAAGAAGAAUGAAUUGUAUAUGUCAAGUUUGCUUGGCAAAUAAGGAAAUAAUAAAUGUACGAUUCUGAAAUACCAAA